AUGAAUCGAAAUAUGUCUUCUGUAAACGAUCCCGAAUUGCAUGCAAAAGUGAAAAAGACUACCGAAAAAAUAUCGGAAAACAUGCACAUAGUCGCCAACGAACCGAGCCUUGCGUUCUAUCGCAUUCAAGAGCAUGUUCGGAAAGUUAUACCGCUGAUAGUGGACCGUCGGGCGGAAGUAGUACAACUGCAACAAGAUUUGCAGGGAAAGUGCUACGAUAUGGAAUAUGCAAUCAGUGCCGUCAAGGACAUUGAAGCAGCUGAUACUUCCUUGAAAAAUGUCCAAGAGCUGUUGAAAAAUGCCAUCUUCCUCAAACAACAGCUAAAGUAUGUCGAAUCAAGGAGGCCCAAGCGAGACACGAACAGUUCCGUGUACAAAAGGCUUUCGGCCCAUAUCACGCUAGAUUUACCGGAUCUGACCGAUCUGUCUGGGGUUGUGCGAGAAACGACUAACCGAGUGGAGCAUAUGAUGUCACAGGCGAGAAAUUCAAACAGCAACAUCAACAAUAAUCCACCGGGAACGUCGAAUGCCACAGGGGGUCCUGCGGAAUUGCAAAGAUCAUACACUACGCUACACUGAAACGAAAUGUACCAUAACGCUAGGUCAAAUUACGUUCCUUUUAUUCCAAUCUGUGAUGUUUUAGU